UAUUAUUAUUAUUAUUAUUAUUAUUAUUUAGGGUCUUUCUUUCCCAGUUACAUAUAUUUUUAUAUAUAUUCAUUUUUUGGAGCGGGGAGCAAACUGCACUAUAAAGAAGUCUAAUCUAUCAUUUAAUUUCCAUAUAAGUAUUAGUCUUCUUCCUGUCUCCUACUAUCGAGCGGCGGCUCUGCCUCGGGAGUGCACCCGGGAGAGUAUGGGCUGAUUUCUGGGCGGCUGUGGUGGGAUCGACCGGGAUAAUGCGGGGGGUGACCGGACUGGCAUCGUUAGGGUCGCCGUUCUGGGGGAGCUUUUUCAUCUUGGUCGGGGCGCUCUUGUGGGGGUCCCAGGGAGCCAGCAGCUGCCCGGACCUCUCCACAAGCCGCUGCAUCUGCGUGGACGAGAGCUCCAAGCAAGGACACGUCGUUGCAGCUGCCCGGAAAAAGGUGAUCUGCAGCGGGGAAGACCUGACAGAACCACCGCUGGCGAGCCUGCUUCCUAACGGGACUGUCACUCUGAUUCUUAGCAAGAACCGGAUCAGCGUUCUACGAAAUGGAUCAUUUCUGGGUCUGAACGGACUUGAGAAACUGGACCUGAAGAGAAAUCUGAUCAGCACCAUUCUCCCUGGAGCCUUGCAAGGACUGAGCGAGCUGCGCAGACUGGACCUGUCCAAGAACAGAAUAGGCUGCCUGUCUCCUGAUGUGUUCCAGGGACUCAACAACCUCACAAAGCUGGAUCUGUCUGGGAAUAUCUUCUCCUCCCUGGAGCGGGGGGUGCUGCAGGCACUGGUGUCCCUCAAGCUAGUGGAUUUCAACUCCCCAUUCCUGACCUGUGACUGUGCCCUGCGCUGGGUUCCCGGGUUCUUCCGCAGAAGGGCGGCACGCCUGUCUGAGGAGACACUCUGUGCUUAUCCCAGCAGCCUCCAGGGCAAACCACUGCGCGGGCUGAGAGAGAGCCAACUGCACUGUGACGGAGCCCUGGAGCUGCACACUCUCUCCCUGCUACCUUCGCUCCGGCAGGUCGUGUUCCAGGGGGAUCGCUUCCCUCUGCAGUGCACCGCCGCCCUGCUGGACAACAGCACGUCAAUACACUGGCAGCACAAUGGUCACAGUGUGACCUCCGACCCCGAGGCGGCAGUGUGGUUGGAGGACAGCGUGGUGCACGACUGCACCCUCGUCACCAGCGAGCUGAUCCUGUCCAGCGUGCGCGUGGCAGCGAGCGGGACUUGGGAGUGCGUGGUGUCCACGGAGCGAGGGAACGUGUCCCGCAGCGUGGAGGUCGUGGUGCUGGAUUCCAGCACCACCUACUGUGUGGCUGAGAAAGUGACUAACAACAGAGGAGACUUCAGGUGGCCUCGCACUCUAGCUGGCAUCACUGCCUUCCAGCCCUGCCUACAGUACCCCUUUGGUUCUACCUCGAUGAGCGGGGGCGCCAGUGAGAAGAGGGCCCUGCGACACUGCAACAGGGCGGGGAGGUGGGAGGAGGGGGACUAUGGGCAGUGCCUGCAUACCAGUGACAUCACGAGGGGGCUGUACACCUUUGUCCUGAUGCCGAUCAACGCCUCGAACGCUCUGACGCUGGCCCUCCAGCUGCGCGUGUACACGGCCGAGGCUGUGGGCUUCACGGACACCGCGGACGUGCUGUACGUGGCACAGAUGAUGGAGAAGUUCGUCGGAUAUGCAGAGCAGAUACGAGAGCUCUCAGAGGUGAUUGUGGACAUGGUCAGUAACAUGCUGCAGGUAGAUGAGCUGGUGCUGUGGAGAGCACAGAGGGAGGAGCGAGCCUGCAGCUCCAUCGUCCAAUCACUGGAGAGGAUCGCAGGGCUGCGGCUGCACCGCAACGCGCAGGACCUGAGCAUGAGCUCCAGGAACAUCGCUCUGGAAGCGUACCUGAUCAAGCCGUCUCGCUACACGGGGCUGAGCUGCACCGCGUUCCAGCGGCGGGACGGGACAGGACGGGCUCACGAGCAGCAGCUCCGAUUCCGCUGCACGAUUGGAGCAAACAACGCAUCGCUACACGACUUCCCUGUCAAGAACGGCGUUGGCCUGGCCUCCGUCUCGCUACCCCCCACCCUGUUCCACCACAGUACCCCCCAUGACUGCAAGCUCCAGUUCCUGGCCUUCCGAAACGGGAGGCUCUUCCCCAGCACAGGGAACAGCAGCGGGCUGGCGGACCAGGGCCGGAGACGCAGCGUCAACACCCCCGUCAUCUACAUCGGCAUGGAUGACUGCUUAAUGUGGACCCUCUCAGACCCGGUCACUGUGUCCCUGCGUCACUCCUCCCCCGGCUCAGACCCGGUUGCGGCUCACUGGAGCUUCGAAGCUGUGGAGGGGCAGGGGGGCUGGAUCCAGGAGGGGUGCCAGCUGACCCACAGUGACCCCAACAUCUCCACUCUGCACUGCGCUGACUUCAGCAACUACGCCGUGCUGCAGGAGCUGAGUGAUUAUUCUAGACCGUCGCAGUCACCUGUGGAAGUGCUCCACCCUGUCAUCUACACCUGCACUGCCAUCCUGCUGCUGUGCCUGUUCACAGUCAUCAUCACACACAUACUGCACCACAGCUCGAUUGGGAUUUCCAGGAAGAGCUGGCACACUCUGCUCAACCUCUGCUUCCACAUCGCCAUGACGACGGCUGUGUUCGCUGGGGGCAUCACCCUGACCAGCUACCCCACCAUCUGCCAGGCUGUGGGCAUCGUGCUACACUACUCCACUCUCUCCACGCUGCUCUGGAUUGGGGUCAGCGCCCGGGUCAUCUACAAGGAAGCAGUCUGGCAGUCUCCUCGGCAACUUGAGGGCGAGCAGGUCACACCCACCCAGCGACCUAUGCUCAGGUUUUAUUUAAUUGCGGGCGGGGUUCCUCUGAUUAUCUGUGGAAUCACAGCGGCCGUCAACAUCAAGAACUACGGAGACUCGAAAUCAUACUGCUGGCUCGUGUGGCGGCCCAGCCUUGGUGCCUUCUAUGUACCAGCAGCCUUUGUGGUGCUGGUGAGUUGGGUCUAUUUCCUAUGCACCCUGUCCAACUUGCGGGGCCGUGGGGAGGGGGGGAGGAAGGAGCUUCCUGUGGCUUCCUCCUCCUGUUCCUCCUCCUCCUCUUCCUCCUCCUGCUCCCCCUCUCCCUCUCCCGAGGCUUGCCGCUCCAGUCUGCUCUCCUCGGACUCCGCAGAGGGGAGGGCAGUGCACUCCGGGCCGGCCCUGGAAGACCAGCACUCACUGAGGGCUCGCUUCAUGGCCGUGGUGUGCACCCAAGUGCUGUUCAUGGCUCUGUGGAGUUUGGGGGCGCUGGCAGUGUGGCGAGGGAGAGGGGAGGGGGAGCUGCUGUUCAGCUGCCUGUACGGCAUCACGGCUGUCGCGCUCGGCCUCUUCCUUCUGGCGCAUCACUGCGUUAGGAGGCGGGACGUCCAGACUCAUUGGCUCGCCUGCUGCCCCUCCAGACGAGCACGGCUCAUGCAGACCUACCUCGGCCCCGCCCCCAGCUCCCUCGAGCCGACGCCCACCAACUCAUCACCCAGCCUGUCGAACCCGGGGCUCUGCAAGCUCACAAACCUCCUCCAGGUGAUGCAGCCAACAGCGGGGGCUCCUGGGGGCAACAGCAGCAGCACCGGCAAUGGCAAUGCAUCAUCUGUGUGCUGCAGCCUCGCAGACAACCACAACAAGCACUCCAAUAACAACCUGCAGCAGCAGCACCCUCCGCUUCCCAAUACAGGAACUACAGCACAGCAGCAGCAGCAGCAGCAAAGGAGGUCGCACAAGCCAGGCGGCAGGACGAAGCAAACCACGACACUCUAUCACCACCGUGGCGGGGAGGGCAAGCCUCACCACAGGAUCAAAGUGACCAGGGGGGGGGCCUUGGAACUGCUGCCGUCGACACAUCACAAUCAGAGACCUGCCCCCUCCUCCAGCGAGAGCGGCAGCCUCCCCAACAGCCACUCAGAGAGCCGGACCAGUCCGCUGCCCAACAGCCACUCGGAGAGCCGGACCAGUCCGCUGCCCAACAGCCACUCGGAGAGCCGGACCAGUCCGCUGCCCAACAGCCACUCGGAGACCCGGGCCAGCCCGCUGCCCAACAGCCACUCGGAGAGCCGGGCCAGCCCGCUGCCCAACAGCCACUCAGAGAGCCGGGCCAGCCCGCUGCCCAACAGCCACUCGGAGAGCCGGGCCAGUCCGCUGCCCAACAGCCACUCGGAGAGCCGGGCCAGUCCGCUGCCCAACAGCCACUCGGAGAGCCGGGCCAGUCCGCUGCCCAACAGCCACUCGGAGAGCCGGGCCAGUCCGCUGCCCAACAGCCACUCGGAGAGCCGGGCCAGUCCGCUGCCCAGCGGCUACAGGGAGGCACCAGGGGAGGCCAGCACCAGCCCCUCGGAGGGCAGUGACGGGGGGGGCAGUGGGAGACAGAAGCCCUUCCCACUGGUGCAGCUGUCCUCCGCCAGGGCACCGACAGUGCCAUGCCAGAGAGCUCAGAGGCGCAGCGUCAGCAGGGAUAACCUGAAGACAGCAGCCUCGCCCGAAAGAGAGGCCAAGCGCAGCUCCUACCCGCUCAACAUGGCCGUCCUUCCCCCUGCCCCCCACAGUGCUUACAAUGGAGCGCUCAACGGCUCGGGGUUCCAGCUGGAUCUGAGCCCCAUGGCGCCCUCCGCAGGAGUGGAGGGGAUGAGAGGGGGGGUGUGGAAGAGUGAGACCACUGUCUGAAACAAAGAGAAAGAGAGAGACUGAGAGGAACUGGGGUUGCGUCUGAAGCAUCACCGAAUCGUGGAACGGAACAAUCAUAUGCAUUUGUGCAAGCAAGAAUGAUAUCGUAAUCCCCCGUAAUUCAACUUUAAUCCCAGCUACAAAAACAAUAUAUAUAAAUAAGAUAAAUAACAUAAUGAAGAAUGGGAUGCUUGCAGUAAUUCAGCAGUUUGUCUGUAAUACUAUUUACUGUUUCAGUUUACCACAUAGUUUUCACAUAUUUCAGUAUUUUUAAUGAAGGAUGCACAUAUAGAUUGACAGCCACAGAUUAAGGGAAGAGACAGACCCUACACACAGAAAACCCACUAAGUCUGCAGCUGAAGAGCAGAACAGUGUCUGGAUUUGUACCGAUCGCCCUACGUGAGCAAGAGAAGCUACAAAAAGCUGUCCUUUUUUCACACAAUUACAGAACAAGCAAGACACAGACAAGCCAGUAACCUGGGUCUACGAACAGUACUAUACAAGACUGUGGUUUUAUAAUAGCGAAUUGAGCAAACUAUGCUGUCCAAACAGAAGACAGACAAUCAAAAACAAACAACUCAGGCACUUCCAGAAGACAGAUUUUAUAUAUAUAUAUAUAUAUAUAUAUAUAUAUAUAUAUAUAUAUAUAUAUAUAUAUAUAUAUAUAUAACUAUUACGCCCAUGUGCCCCCAGGCGAGUAGGGGAGUCCGAUGAGAAUGUUUGCAUGUUUGUGUGGCGGUGCUGCCUUGCCAGUGUGUAAGUAGAGGGGUGGAGAGAGAGGGUGGGUUGGAGGGGUACAGCAGGGGCACCCCUAAACCCAAUGGGCUCGUUCCUGCCGGGCGCAUUCUGAGCAGCUGUUUGUCUAGUACUUGGAAACCACAGAAGUUAGAGCACUGACCCCCAGAGUUAAUGCAAGCAACUCAACUCUCUGAACUAUUGGAGUAUGCAACACAAACACUAACUUUUAAGAGUAAUACAACACAGAAUGCAUGCUUUAUUUGGACGUAGUUAAUAGAUGUAUUCCAUUAUCUACAGUACGGUUUAUAUAAUAACUAACACACACAAGUUUAAGUUACUUCUGUCCAUUUAUUACUGUCCCGGGUUAGUCAGACACUGCCAAGUACCGUCCAGUGCAAAAAAUAAAGAGAAAUGAUAACAUUAUAGAAUCCUGUGCUGUAUGUCAUCUCAACAGUUUGGUCUCAGACCACGGCAGUUUAAACAAGAAUGCAUUUUAACAGCUUGGUUAGCAUGCCUCUAAACGGGGCGAGAAUGCAUUUUGACAGCUUGGUUAGCAUGCCUCUAAACGGGGCGAGAAUGCAUUUUAACAGCUUGGUUAGCAUGCCUUUAAACGGGGCGAGAGUGCAUUUUAACAGCUUGGUUAGCAUGCCUCUAAAUGGGGCGAGAAUGCAUUUUAACAGCUUGGUUAGCAUGCCUCUAAACGGGGCGAGAAUGCAUUUUAACAGCUUGGUUAGCAUGCCUCUAAACGGGGCGAGAAUGCUGCUAGUAAUAAGAGGCAGGGCUAUGUAAAGCCUCACAGUUUGGCACUCCUCGAAAGCGGCUCAGUUUUAAUGUUGCUAGUGCCAACAAGAGUGCUCCAGCACCUGUGGGUGUCCCACCAACUCUCACUACUUUCCCUGUCAACGCACACUGGCAGGCAAGGCAUCCCCCAUUCCUGCACGCCAAGCUCUACAUGGCUGGUGUAGUUCUAGUGUUGUUUCCUCCAGUAUUAUUGUGUUCAGUGUUCAUAUCCAGCAUGCGAUCAUAUGCCUCUUCAUUCUUCUUCUCCUCAUUUAUUAUAACAAGCGUUAGAAGAGUCUCAGUAUUAUCCCUCAUAGAGUAAGUAGCAUGUAAUAUACUCUAUACUGCACACAGCCAGAACAUUAUGAGAAUUGCCUUUAUAUAUGUUAAUAAUAUAACUAUGCCACAUUGUGUUCAGGGAAAAAAAAAAAAAAAAAAUCAUGAAUUAAAUGUGCCAAAGAAAAUGUAUAGAAAAGAUGCUUCAGAUUUUUUUUGCAAAGCAAAUCUAUUUUGUAAAUAUUUUGUAUUAUUUUGAAAUCUCCCUCCUGUCCCCAUGCACACAGAUAGAGAUCCAUUGAAAGACAUUUUGGCUCUGCAUUACAGUAACAGGACAGUUAUUUACUAAGGUGCAAGAGC